AUGGAACCUAACGAAAGAGAUCUCGCAAAGGCGACAAUGCUUUUUAACAUGUAUCAAGUAAGCUAUGUUGCAAAACGUACACAAUUUAUUAUUAUAACAAAUACACAACUUACAAAAUCAGAGCAAUUACACGUUAAAGCAACAGCAACAUGCAUGAGAAGAUUAAACGGUGUAGUUUUUCUUGAUGCAGAUGGAUUCGAACCAAUUCGCAUCACUGGCGAUGAAGGCGUUAAGUCCGUUUCAUGGGGUCAGGUCAAUUCUCCAAACGGUCCUAUAAAAUUUAUAUCAUGCGGAAUAAAAACAUCGAGAAUACCAAUUUCAAUGUGGGGUCAGACAGAAGAAAUGAAUCUAUGGUACGACGCCCUCCGCUAUAUCAUCGCAGGUUUACCUCCAGAAACGCCAGAUUCUCUCCGAAAGAGAGAUCUCUUACUUAGUGGAAUACAGUUCAUACCAACCGAAAGAGAAAAAGAACCCGAAAUUCCACCUCCACCCCCAGACUUGAAUUGGUAA